UGCAGCUUCUUCGCUGUAUUAUAUUCAUACCUGAUCUCCAUUCGUUGUACAUCUGAGGAUUCAGACUAAAUCAGGAUGUUGACCACUGCAGCUCUUAUUCUCAUUGUCACCACUAAAGUUGUCCUAGGACAGGAUGACAGACAGCCUGAUGUAGGACAGAUAUGUCCAUUGGAUAUGGCGCUGGAUUCAGUUGAUGACAUGUAUGAUGGCUGUACAAUGAAGAUGGAAAAGCUGGUAAAGCCAAAAUUUCUAAAGCAAGAAAUCUGUGAAAACAUAACUCAAUUUGCAGCUUGGAUAAACAUUAGAGGACUAUUUCCUAAAUCAAAAACAUUGAAAAUGCACCAAUUAAUUGCCAUUUCGGUGUACACUGGAAAUGAAGUAUAUGGGAAAUUCAAUUUGAGCGUUAGAAGUGGUAGACAAAACGGAACCCACAACUGGUAUUCACUUCACUUUUUGUUGACAGAAGCGAUACAGAUUCUUAAGGAAACACAACAGAGAUGCAUGAUAACUUAUCUUGGUACCAAACUUACAUAUAAUGAAACUGUUCUAAACACAGAGAUUCGUUUUGGUUCAUUUGCGUCCUCCUCUACUAAACAGGACGUAGCAAUGGGAUUUGGAAACGAAUCUUGUUUUGAAAUUAAAACAUGUUAUAGUGCUGAUGUGUCAAAAUGCUUCUAUUUACCUUAUAAGAAAGAGGUGCCGAUUAAUUUUCCGUAUGAUAAAUUUAAGGUCAUUCAAAUCAAGAAAAGAGCCUGCUGUGACACUAUGUUUGUACUGGAGAGCUCUGGGACACAAAGUAACUUAAACUGUACAAUGGCAUCAGUCAACUCAAGAAAUAUCACAAUGUGAUAAAUAUCAAAUAUCUAAAUUAUCUCUGACUGACCAGCCUUCACAACUUCAUUCUUCUUUCUCUUCCUUUAUAUUAAGUUUUCACACAACUUGCCAGCUGCUUUUAAAAACUUAAACUGUUUGAAAUACAAGUUUCACAAAGUUUAAACUAUACGAAUAAUCCGAAAGCAUAUUAAUAACUGCACUUUGCCUAUAUUUUAUUUUUUAUGUGGUUCUUAUGACACGGCUCUCUGAAAUAUUUCAUUCUGAUUGGUCAGUUGUGACACAAAGUGUAAAACUCCUCUUAAGAGUUACAGCUUAAUGUAUCACUUUAUUGUUUCUGUUCAAGUUUGCAUUUGUUACA